CUUGAACUCACCCACAACUCUUCCCAGCUCUCCAUAACACCACCGCAGCGAAGAUGCCCGCAUACAACAGCAUCUUCAAUGGCGAAUCCUCACCGCAUCUAAUCGGGAACUUCCCCCUCCUCCCCCUCCGCACCAAGGUCCGCGGGCCUGCCUACACGCUACCGCUGGACCCUUCGCUGCCCCCCUACUUGUCCCCCGAACCCGAUUCGGAAUCCUACGAUGCGCUCGACGAGGUGCUUAGCCUGUUCCGCGCAAACACAUUCUUCCGCAACUUCGAGAUCCAGGGCCCUGCCGACCGGUUGCUGAUCUACGGCAUUCUGUGGAUUAGCGAGUGUCUGGGCAAGAUUAGGCCGCAGAUGAGCGCGAGGGAAGCGCAAAAAGAAGUCCAAACAAUAGCCUUAGACAACAACUUCUCUAUCCCAGGUGAACCUGGGUUUCCCCUUAACCAGAUGUUUAACCCCCCCUCCUCCCGCCAAGAAGCCGAGACCCUGCGUCAAUACCUAAUGCAGGUGCGUCAGGAACUGGCCAUCAGAUUACUGGCUAGGAUAUUCGAUGAUGGAAACGGAGGGCAGACUGAUAAGCCGAGUAAGUGGUGGCUGAGUUUUUCGAAGCGGAAGUUUAUGGGGAAGAGCUUGUGAGACGUUUGAGCGUAAGGCCUAGGCAAGGCUAGGGACGAGGGAAC